UUUUAGCUUACAAUUUGUGAAGCGUGUGUUUUAUCAAUCGUUGGUUUUAUGCGGGUUGCGUUUCAUUUCAUGCAAACACAAAUACAUAAUCAGUGUGGUGGUGUGAUCCAAAUGGGACUGUGAAACUGGGAAGUGUGAAUUGGUUGGCAAUGACGAAGUUAAAAAUAUGUGCGUAUUGAUAUUGUGUGAAGGACCGCUGUGAGGUGUCCACGAACGUGUUUUAGUGCCAUGGACAUCGGCGGAGGUAAUCCGUGUGAAAGACUUGCAUGUGAUUGUUUCAUUUUAUUAUCAGCACCUAAUUUUAUAGGGAUUAAAUCUGGCACUAAUCUUCACUUCACUAAAAUAGUAAGAGGGCGUCUCUCCCGCCGCAGUUGUGGACAAUGUCGGCGACACUGGCUCCCACUUGAAUAUUAGCGAUGUUUUUGAGGUGAUAUCACACGACUACCCGACGAUCGGCGCGGGCGCGGCCCUCGAGGACAUGUCGCGCCCGCCCGGGCCCCACGCGGGGCCGUACACCCGCAUCACAGAACAGCCCGCAGGGAAAGCACUCAGAUUUCGGUACGAAUGCGAGGGCAGGUCAGCAGGUUCGAUUCCCGGCGUAAAGAGCACUCCUGAGAACAGGACCUACCCCACCAUCAUGAUCUGCGGGUACAAGGGCAGGGUCGUGGUCGUCGUCUCUUGUGUCACCAAGGAUGAGCCCUUCAAGCCCCACCCCCACAAUCUGGUGGGCAGGGAGUGCCAGCGAGGGGUGUGCACGGUGCGGGAGACCAUCACCGAGGAGAAUUGCCAGGUGGCUUUCAAGAACUUGGGCAUACAGUGCGUGAAGCGACGGGACAUAGCCGAGGCGCUUCGAGUGCGGGAGGAGCUGAGAGUAGACCCUUUUAAAACGCGGUACCACCACAAGAACCAGCCGCAAAGCAUCGACCUGAACGCGGUGCGGCUCUGCUUCCAAGUGUUCAUGACGGACGAGGCCGGGAAGGUGAAGCAUUCUCUCACGCCCGUCGUCUCUGACAUCAUCUACGACAAGAAAGCCAUGAGCGACCUUCAGAUAGCGCAGAUCAGCCACUGUUCUGGACCUAUGAAGGGUGGAACCAGGGUUAUACUGCUGUGUGAGAAGGUGAACCGCGAGGACACAGCAGUGGUGUUCUACCAAGAGGAGAACGGACAGGAGGUGUGGAGGGAGCGCGCGCACAUUGAGGCCGUCCACAAGCAGGUGGCCAUCGUGUUCCACACGCCGAGGUACCACCGCCCGUCGCAGCAACACGUCACUGUGCAGCUACUCCUCCAGCGACUGACGGACGGGGCCAAAAGCACCCCCGUCAACUUCGAAUACAUCCCCGACCGCUUCUGCCCUCCAGGUGCCAGGAAACCCCUCCCAGACCUCGCCGCUCUGGCCGCCAUCUUGUCCGACACCAGACACCCACCCAACACACACAUCGACACACAAACUGACACACACAUCGACAUGGAAACCGAUCCCACAAUCAAACAUCCCGACGAUAAUAACAAUAAAGACGUAACUGAUUUAGUCACUUCUACUAGCGAUGAAGUCGUGGCCGAUAUUAACGGUAAUAUCGAAGAUAUAGAAAUGGCGGACUCAAACGAAAAGAGUCUAGACGAUCUACUAGACCAAGUCGCGGAGUUAGAUGAGAUUUAUUCCGAAAAUCGUACGCGUCUAGAAAAUGUUACUAACAUGAACAGCGAAGACACCGAUAUGGAAGAUUUUAACGAUGCUGGAACGUAUACUAGUCUGCAAUUGGCGUUUAAAAACCCAAUUUCUAUCAGCGAACCAGAACCGUACGAAGACGUGCAAGUGCAGACGUAUAGAGGGCCUAUAAUUGAGUUUUCACCUUUGAAACGCGAUGUGGAUGACGAACGCGCCCCCCCACUCCCCCCAAAGCGCGUGCGUAAAACUCAAGAAAGCUUCAAAACUAGCCAAACUUCAGUCGAUAGUAUUUUAAAACCGGGACGUCAGUUACCAGUGACGCGCAACACUGAGAUCCUAAAACGCGACCGCACUGAAUUAUCUGUAGCUAGAAGUGAACCAGCGUUGCCGCCAGUAAAAAAACGCUCGUUUUUCUCCCGCUUGUUCCGAAGGCGGGAGAAAUCGCCCGCGCCUAGCGUCAAAUCUGAAGGCAAAGAGAAAGCUAGAGUCGUUAACAGACCGCUCAGAUCUGUGUCUAGUGUUUCAGGCCUACGUCCGUCCAAAUUUAAGUCCUCGGUGUCUCAUACGUCUCUGAAAGAUAACGUGUCAACCACUGGUCUGAGUUACGCGGAUAGUAUCACGCAUAUUUCAUUGCACGGCGAUGAUAAUGAGAAAUCAACUUCGCAGACAUCUUUGCGUAGACCGGCCAGUUUAGCCCCGCUUCCGCCGACAGAUGGCGGGACUAUCUUGGUGGCUGAAAGCGUUUUGGCCCUAGACGCGUCGGCGUUCAAAAAGCUACAAGAUGACCUAGACUUGACGGACGCGGAACACUACGCGCUGUACAUGGCGGUAGCGCCCCACGCGACCGUUUCCGAGUUCGACGAAACCAGUUGCUACUAUUCCCCGAUAGAUGGCAGCAAAUUUCAGAAUUGAUUUUUGUGUAACGAUUACAAGAAUAUCAAUAUUUUUUUUUGCAAAAGAUUUAAUGAACUUAAGUCAAUUUUUUUUUUGCAAAAGAUUUAAUGAACUUAAGUCACGUUCGCUGACUAGCCCAUAAAUGUAGACAGCCGGUUGACCUUCUACGGCCUCGGGUUUAAGAGUAUUAUAUGGUAUAACUAAAUAUUGAAUUCUAGUGAAAUUACUAAAAAUAUAUUACUCGUAAGUAUUAAAAAAAAUUAUAUAGAUACAUUGCCCGAUUUUACGGCAGCUAUUAUAUACACGAGAAAUUAUAUCCGACUUUUUAAGGGCCUAGUCUGUAGCUUAAAUUAUGUACUUAACACUAAUUUACUAAAACGAACCAAAUAUCUAGUCAUUAUUUUCAUUAUAUUAUAUAAUUGAAUGCGAAGUUGACAUCGAAAAUAAACAUUUAUCCUGUUAUUCAUAAAAAAUAUAAAUCAUAAUAUAAGUUAAAGUAUGUUUUGUCUGUCAGUGGUAAUUAUAAAGUGCGAUAGAGACGAAACAUAUUUUAGCUGAAGGUAAUGUUUAACUGUUUUGUGAAAAACUGGUUUAGAUUUUCGUAUAAAACCAUUUUAUUUAUACUAUAGUAUACAUUAUACACAACCACAUAAUAUCGAUGUAACGUGGGAAUGAAUAUUGUCUUAUAAUAAUAAAAAAAAGUUUUAUUUGAUUGAUUGAUAACUAUUAUAAACGACCUCGGUGGCGCAGUGGUUCUGAUAGGCCCGGGUCUUGGAUGUUUAUCUAUAUAUGUAUUUGUUAUAAAAUAUAGUAUCGUUGUGUUAGUAUCCCGUAACACAAGUCUCGAACUCACUUUGGGGCUAGCUCAAUCUGUGUGAUUUGUCCUAAUAUAUUUAUUUAUAAACAAUACUGGAAUUGGUCAAAUAUAUAUAAGCAGUACUCUUAAAAAUAUGAACAAUCUUAAAUGUGAUAUGUUGAACAAAAAAAAUAAUAAUGAG